CUUAGCCUCAGUUGGUAAUGGACUUACUUCCAUGAAGAUGCUAAUUUAUUUCCACACGACAUGACCAAUUUGCAUGGGAAGACCGUAAAAGUUGCAUGUUUCACUUAUAAGCCUUAUGCUCUACUUGAUCUAGAUCCUCUUGAGGAACCUCUAGGUCGUGAUGGCACUGAAGUCAGAAUCGUCGAUGAAUUUUGCAGAUGGAUUAACUGUACCAUCGAAGUCGUACGUGAUGAUGAACAUGAAUGGGGUGAGCUGUAUGACAAUCAGACCGGGGUCGGUGUUCUGGGAAAUGUAGUGAAAGACCGAGCUGAUCUUGGAAUAACUGCGUUAUACUCCUGGUAUGAAGAAUAUCUAGAACUAGAUUUUUCAGGAUCUGGAAUAAGAACUGCGAUUACUUGUGUAGCACCUUCACCAAGAUUGCUGGCCAGUUGGGAAAUGCCUCUUCUACCAUUCAGUUGGUACAUGUGGAUGGCUCUGGGUUUUACCUUUGUUUAUGCCAGCUUUGCCCUUGCUAUCGCAAAGGGAUGCUCAACUGAUAAAGUAUUUUUGGCUACAUUUGGGAUGAUGGUAACACAACCUUAA